AUGACAGUACAACCAGAACGUUUCGGAUUAGAGUCGCAAGUAAAGAGAAACCCUCACCCAGAUUUCAACAAGGUCGAAAACGAAAGAGCUCCAUUUGAAAAGGAAACAAAGUGGAAAUUCACAAGAAUACCUGAUAAGGACUGGACUCCUGGCUCAGGUGCUAACGAUGAUAGCUGGAAAGACCACAAAAAGAUACAAAUAGAUCCGUUCGCAGAAGACAGAAAUCCGGUAGAUAAUUACAAAACGCUUAUUUCCGCAAUUGUCCCAAGACCUAUCGGAUUUGUGUCCACCAUUGGAGCUGAUGGAACUCGUAACUUGGCGCCAUUUUCCUACUUCACUGUUGUUAACCACGAUCCUCCAAUUUUCACUAUCGGUUUUUCUGGGGGUCGCGGAAACGCUAAAGAUACCUGCCGUAACGUUUUAGACACUAAGGAAUUGACUAUUAACAUCAUUUCAGAAUGGUUUGUGGAGGCUGCUAAUUUCUGUUCCACAAAUGCCCCAUUGAAUGUGGACGAAUGGAAAUUGUCAGGUUUGACUCCAUUAGAAUCCACAAAGGUCAAGCCACAGCAUGUCGCAGAAUCAGCCUUCUCCAUCGAAGCUAAAUUGUUGCACUCGCAUGAAUGGACUUCCAAGAGAGAUGAAAAUAAGGUCACUGGUACCUUAUGUAUUGUCGAAGGUGUUAACUUCCAUGUUCGGGAUGACGUGAUCAAUGACCAAUUAAAUAUUCUUGAUAUAGACAAGUUGAAGCCUGUUUCAAGAUUAGGUGGUAUUACAUACGGUAGAACAGUUUCUGGUUAUGAAAAGUUGAGACCAGACUUCGACAAGGAAUCUGAAACUGAUGAAGUCAAGAAGAUCCUAAACGGAAAUUAG